CUUUCGCUUUGUUGCAACUUAGUAAAUUGUUGUUCAAGAUUUUUAUUGUAUUUCAAUACAUUGCCGCUACAUUAGCAAACAAAGAUGGUUGAAAUCCUAAGUAGUUCUUUCGAUGAAAAGUUUGCUGAAAUAGAACAAGCAAUCAGAAGCUGUGAUUAUAUUGCUAUUGACACUGAGUUCACAGGCCUGAGAUUGAAUGAGCAAGUCAAAUCAAGUCUAUUUGACGAUGGUGCAGAGCGCUAUAGGAAGCUGAGAAAAACAGUGUCCCAAAUUACAAUGUGCCAGAUAGGGAUAUCAACAUUUACAAGAGACCGAAAACAGAACAGCCUGUAUACUGCAAAGACUUUCAACAUACCAAUAUACCCCCGCUCGUUUGGUCCGAUUGAUGAAAAGUUUGUGUGCCAGGCAUCCAGUUUUCAGUUUUUGACCCGCUACAAGUUUGAUUUCAACAAGUUUGUGUAUGAGGGAGUGUCAUUUCUCAAUGAAGUCCAGGAGCGAGAGGUCCGGGAGCAUAUUGCCAGUAAGGCCAUGUUUACAGGGCUGGAAAGAGAUCUGGAUGAGUUUGCUAUACAGAAGAUCUGUUCUCGUGUGGCAGAUUGGCUGGUCAGUAAAGAAGAGGAGAAGACUUUUACCCUUAAGCAGACAGAAACAGAGGGUAUGCCAAUGUAUGUGUUGAGUAUGGAGCUGAGAGGGAGAUUUCCCUCCAUUUGGACAACCAUUGAUAAUGAUGGCAAACUGAUCAGUAUUGAGCGUAUAGGGUUGGAGGAGCGUCAACGUUUCGAGGAGGCAGAGAAGGCGUUACAAUGGAAACAAGAGGAGCAACUCGUACUCAAAAUGCUUGGCUUUACACGAGUCUUCCGGGUCAUGAAGCAAUGCAAGAAGCCUCUGCUGGGUCACAACAUGUUGAUGGACCUGAUGCUGAUGUAUGACAAAUUCCACCGCCCACUACCCGUGUCGUAUUCUGAGUUCAAGGCAACCCUACAUGCCUUCUUUCCCUGGAUAUACGACACUAAACAUGUUGCUCUUAGGCUCAGAGGGAAACUGGAGGAGUCGGGAUUGUUGCAGAACACCAGUCUGUCGGAACUGUAUACGGAUAUUGAAAGUGAGAAAGGUCGAGACUUGGUCAUACAUCCCCCAGCUGUAGUUCAUGCUGAAGGGUUUGACAGAUAUCGGGAUGGUUUCCUACCUCAUGAAGCUGGUUUUGAUGCUUAUAUGUGUGGUUUUGUGUUCCUGAGAUAUGCACACAUCAUAACCUUCAUGGAUGUUAAAUCCUCCGAUGUGAUACCGUGCAUGUUCCGGCGUUACCUCCAGGCGAUGGAAGACUACUGCAACAGAAUCAACAUCAUACGAGCCAGAGUCAACAAUAUAAAUCUAGAUGGGGCUGACUACAAAUCUCAAAAGCCAGAGUUCUUGUUUGUGAAGAGCAGAUUUAUGAAGAAAAGACUCAAUAUUGAUCAGCUGGCAAAGUGGUUUUCUCCGUAUGGCAAUGUAGACUUAAAGCUGUAUGGCAAGAACCAAGCACUGGCAGCCACCAACAGUUUCAAAUGUUCCAAGGACAUUCUGAAGGCCUUUAAACAGCACAACAGCAUCUUUGUGACCAAGUACAGUGUGUGGAGACAUUCACCUGUGGUCCGUGGAAUACUUUGGUCAGGGGUGUUGAUCUCUGGAGGACUGUGUAUAUGGGCAUUACUGGGCACAACAGACAACAAAAAGCCUUGAGGUCUGGCAGAUUUUCGAAACCGUGCUUUAUACAAUGUAUAUGUACCGGUACCUGUUGUACAUGUGUAUGAGGGCUUUCAGGAUUGGUCUAGUUUACUAGAAACCACGUGAAUGUUUAAAGCAGACAGUCAACCAAAUAUUUGGUGAUAACAAUAUUCUUUUUGAUUUAGAUAAGCCAAAUUCUGCAGUGUAUUGCAGUGUAUCAAUACAACGUAAUCUUGUGUUCUCUCACUACCUGCUUGGGAAAAGGUACUUGUGUAUAGAAUGCUAUUCUCAACAAUUUAGUGUCAGUAAGCAUUUUUACUCAUUUCAAACUGAAAUUCAUCGUGAAAAAAGAUGAUGAAAUUGAAUAAUAUGUAACAGUAUAAUUUUACAUUUCCAAUACAUGUAGUCAUUAUCAAUUACAGACACGUACCUGUGUAUGUCAAAACAACUUUGUUAACUUAUCAUGUGUAUAGAUAUGCACUUUUGGUUUUACAUACAAUGUCAUGUAAUGUAUUCUUUUUUGUUAAUGUUCUUUUGGUGUUAACCUUUUUUUUUAAAUGAUGAACAAAACCGUGAUGUAGUAAAACAGAUAAAACUUUUGUUCCUCUGCUUUAUUGUGGAUAGGUUUGAAGCUUGUGUGUGUUUUGAAGAAAGGGCAACAGUAUUGUCAUAGCUU